UGUGCGCCUUCCAAUUGGAAGCAACACGACUUCGACGUACUUGAUCGAAGACUUAAAAGUUUUUUACUCCAAGUUGAAAAUUUCCCAGCGAAGUUUUACCAGUCGGUUUCCGGUGACGAAUUUCGUUUAGUGUGAACCGAGGAUUGUUUUUUCGUAUUAUUUUUUACAAAAAUUUUCGGACGUUUUGACGGACUCCGUCGCAACGGUGGUGUUACGCGAAAAAAAUUUGGUGUUUGCGUUUUUUAUGCCGUUCGUUUGCUCCGCUAGAAAACCGUAAGUUUUCCAAAAGCUUAAAGCGCAUUCGAAAAAAAAAGCCGUGUUUACAUUGGACUUGCAAUCCGGGGAGAUACAAGUGUUUGGAAGUAUAUCAGCUGUGAGUAAAUCUCGCGCAUGCUUUGCCCCACCAUCGCGAGUGGAGGGGAUAAACAGCUGACAGUAAGAUACAAACUCAAAACAUCAAAUUUAAGUUGUCAGUAGCUCGGUUAACCUCUUGGAGUUCAUGUCAAAUAUGCUAGGUAUAGUCGAGUGCUGAUAGCACUUGAGGACUUAGACAAAUUUUCACAGACGUUGUUACACUGGUGACUGUUGACUGUACUUUGUGAAGUGGGUGAAAGUUCAAUCAUUUUUCUUGGAUAUGGUGCCCCAACAGAGCAUGGAUGCACGCAGCGAUAGUCCCACCAGCAGUGGGCUACCACUCUUUGGUUCCCAAUUAAUCGACAAAAAUUCAUCAACACCCUACUCUGAUGCAACUCAGACUAAGAAAAACAAUCCCAACCAUAUCAAGAGGCCAAUGAAUGCGUUCAUGGUGUGGUCUCAGAUCGAGCGCAGGAAAAUCUGCGAGGUUGCCCCCGACAUGCACAAUGCCGAGAUUUCGAAGAAGUUGGGCAGACGCUGGAAGCAGCUGUCCGAAGAGGACCGCAAGCCGUUCAUUGAAGAGGCCGAGAGAUUGAGGCAAUUGCAUCAAAAGGAGUAUCCGGAUUACAAGUAUCGUCCGAGGAAAAAGACUACCAAGCCGGACCCGAAAAAGAGCCCGGACGCUUCCAAGAAGUCCGCGAAGAAGAGCACGAAGGUCCAGAAGAACGACACGAACAAUAAUUCGUCGAUUAACAAGAACAAUAAAUUGUUUGCCAGACGCAACCAUCUUUCCGAGAUCGUGUCGUCGAAAUUGAAGGUCAGGCUCUCAAGCAGCAGUAUGGAUACGACGGAAAAUUUGGGAGACUUCACAACACAAAUCAGCUUACCUCAGACACAGCUGCCACCGAUAUCGCACUUGGCGAAAGUGCCGUCGAGUCCGUCGUGCGACAAUCCGGAUUCACCGGAAAGCGCGACCAUUUACGACGAUUCACUGACGUACCACGGUCUGGUGAAAGAGGAGUCGGAUGUCGAGGACAGACUCAUCAUGGAGGACACCACCACUUUAGAAGAUUUGGAUAGCAUAGUAGGAUUGUUGCCACCAUUGGCCGAUGGCAUCAAUUACUUAGAUAUCGAUACAACUUUCGACACAUCAAAUAGUUCAUCACAUCUGAAUUUUACACUACUACCUCGAGACUUCACGAUGGACACAAAUUGGAAUGAAAUCUUGCAUUGUUGAAUGAGAAUUUAAGACUGUCGGUUCAAUUUAAAAAUUGUGUAAAAUCGUCGGCACAAUCAAACAAAAGUUUUUAAUAUGCCGAGCACUCGGUGCAGUCCAGUUGUGGCGAGAAACGAAAGAGCCAUUUCGCCACUAUUUUAUAUUAAUAAUAUUAUGUUAUUUAACCCCAAUAAUGAUCUCAUUUGUGUUAUUUUUGUAUUUAUCAUAUAGCGCGGUCACCGUUUAAGUUCAGUCAUCUCAAUACGUAUUCCCGGAUUCAACCAGUUGUUAGUGCCUAGCUCAGUAUGUGGCAUGGUCCCACAUUAGUUUCGACAUUUUUAAUUCCCGGAGACGGUCCAACCGUCUCGGGUCACAAAAUCAGGCUGUGAUUCAUCUGUUUGAUGACCAAACUUAGUUGUCAAAAAGUCCGCAUAGUGUUUUAACAGUUUUGCUGCUUACUCAUUGGUCCGGGUGCAUUUAGCCGCUUAUCGCGGCGAACAGCUGAUUGUUUACUUUUACUGCCUACCGGACGCGAGUGGUUUCCAUCUCAACCAUCAAAUCAACCCCUUGUCAAAAAAAAAAUAAGAAAACAAAAAACCGUCUCAGUUUCGCCGACGUAACUCGUCCGGUAAGUCAUCACUUGUUAGGUUAUCCUUGCAUCGUACUACAUCUCUCAUUUACGCCGCGUUACGCGUGCGACGUCCUUCGGCAGUUUCGGCCCGUUUUGUCCUUGUGGUGGCCGGCCGGAGGUCGCCGUCCGCGUAAACGGGAUCACGUUUUGAUUCGUUCGUCCAGAAUUGUACUUAAUACUAAACUCUAAAAGAUAAAAACUGUACUGUACAGCUGUAAGAUUAAGUAAGCACUGUGGGUUGUUAGUAGUAGGAGUCGAUAUUAACAGUAAAGUAAGAUAUCCAGUAGGGUAGGGUUGUUUGUGCUGCUAUUAAUGACUCGGGCAUUCGGUUCAACUACUUCGUUAUGCACACACACACACACAAAAUAAAGAAUAAAAUUCGGUCUUUUGUACAUAGAAAUUGUUUCUCGUGCUCCGCUCCUCCGCGUCAAUCGUCUCCUCUUCUUCCUACACCCGUUUUUCAGUUCCGCUCCGUGCAGACGAUAAGCAUAUUUUUCAUACGCUUAUUUCGGUUCGAUAUGGAUUUUAAAAGUCAAUGCACAAACUUUAUAAUAAUGAAUAAAAUUAUUAGUGUAUAACGUUUUUGAAACUUACAAGUUAGAGUAGCGAGCGACAUCGAUAUUCUUAUAUAUGAUAUUGAAAGGCGCCCCCGGCGCCCUAAGUGUGCUUUCUAUGUACUAGAAUAACUUUAUGAUAAUAUUAAAGUUAGAUCGGACUGUCCGUAUAUUUAAGAGUUUUCGAAUUUUAAAAUUUUAUGAGGCCUGGUACAGUAUGAAAAAGUAGAGUAACAUAUUCGGUGUAUUUUUGUACCCAUUGAUUGUUUAUGCGGUCCACGUGCAUAGUUCUGUCCAUUCCGAAUCGCUGACUGAAUUAGAUGUAGGAUUUUUAGUUGUGCUGUACUGUUUAUCAGUCGAUAAUAAUGUUGUCUUUUUUUGCAACCGUUUUGGUUCGACUGUCGCAAUGGCUUGGGCUGUGCACGUGCGAUUCGUUCUUGUACAUACAUUGUAUAAAAUUGCUCAUGUAAAAAUUGUUUUUGUUAAAAGUGUACUAUUUAUGCAAUCAUUUACGAUUAUUGCAAUAAUUAUCUUAGUCCGGCGUUCAGUCUGCGACUGGGCUGGACCAUUCGCAUUGGAAUUUUUUAAAGGCUUUGGCCCCGUCACAGGUUGAACGCUCACUUUUUUGUAAAAAUAUGUUAUUUUGUCGCAUUGUUGACUUUUAUUCUGGCGGACGACAAAGAGAUUACAAAGUUAGCAAUAUUUUUGCAAAUUUCCUUGAUGUAUCAUAAAUCCUCUUGCAUUGUAAAUCCCCAUGUAUUAUAUCCAUAUACUAUAUUAAAGUUAUUAUAUAGUGUGUAAAUUUUGUAUUUGUAGUUGCUGUUAAAUAUAUUAUUAUAUGGCCAAUAAAACUGAUUUUUCAAUUUA